UCCCGCUUAGGCAUAAGGUCCAUCUCAACCAUCCCCUCAGAAAGAUCUUGGUCGUCUCUUUUUUCAUCUUUCACAUAUCAAGCCUUCAUGUAUCAAGCCUUCUUCUCGAUCGUCCGCUCAGAAACAUAAUUUCAAUUCACCGAGAAUGUUUUCACCAUCCAAGAACGCCGCCCUCCUUCGUGUAUCAAGCCUCAUGGUCUCACCGAAGGCGUCUCACAUCAACACCGUAUGCGGCAUGGGCUUAGAUCGAGUGAACCUGGUCGGUUCUACCAGGUUUUCUCUCGCACCAUCCAAUUUUUUGCGGCUAUCUUCUCUUCGAUUUCUCUCCACCAUCCAAGAACGUCGCCCUUCUUGUAUCAAGCCUCAUGGUAUUGCCGAUUUUUCUCCACUGGUGUUCGCAUCCUUCAUUCUCGGGGCUAUUGCAAUCAUGUAACUCGAGAGUCAAGAGCCACCGGAUCAUGUAUAGAGCAUGUCACAAGAAGACACAACAUAUACACUGCCUGAAGAAGCAAGGUAUUCCAGGAGGCAAUGUUGCUCUCCUGUAAGCAUGUCUCCACACUGACAAAGGUUGGCGCAGGUGAGAUAACUUUGACUAAAAUAUUUUUCCUUUUUCAUUUUUUCACUGGUGUCUAACAUUGCACUCUAAACUACAACCAAGUCAUAUUGUUUCCAGUUGAUAGGCAGACCUCUCAAAAUUAAAGUAUCACGACCUUUAAUAAACAUUGGUUAUUUUCUUAACUGAACUCAAAUAUUUUAUUUAAUGAAUUGUUCUCAUGCGUUUAUAACUUAAUAGUAAUAUUUUGGCUAUAUCCCGCAUAUGUAUAACAUAUAUAUCAUCACAUUUGCUCGCAGGUGCCAUCCCCUCUUCUCCUAUAUAUUUCAAAUUUGAGGAGCCUCAACAUAAACAUACAAAUUAAAAAUUUGUUUCACUGACACAUGAAAAAUGUAAAACUUAAUUAAAUAUUUAAUCAACAUAGCUCUUAGAAUAGAUAAUUUGAAUAAUAAUGUUGUUAUUUAUAGUCGCACCCCACAAGAGAGAUUAUACUUCUACAUUUCCAUACCCACUCAAUGGUGACUUUUUCUAAUAAAAAAGGUUGACCAUUUUUAUCUGAAUUAAGAUAACGUUAUCUUAAUUAUCUUAUUUCAAGUUUCAGGCUAUACAAAAAGGGUAGACCUCAAAAGUAUCACUGCCCUUAUAAAACAUUGGUUAUUUUCUUAACUGAACUCAAAUAUUUUAUUUAAUUAAUUGUUCUCAUGUGUUUAAAACUUAAUAGUAACAUAUUGGCUAUAUCCUGCAUACGUAUACAUAUAAAUCAUCGCAUUUGCUCACAAGCUAUACAAAGAUAUAAAGAAAGGUUAACUUAGUCAUCUUAUUUAUCAUUCAAAAACAAGUGAUGUAGAAAAUUUGGAAUAAAUUACCAAAUUACGGGAAUCUCCCGUCUGACAAGCCAAAAUACGGGAGUUCCGUUUAGGUUACCAAAUUACGGUAGUCGGAAUUGGCAAUUCCGACUGGUGGAGAAGUCCCGAAUUAGGGUUGAAACCCUAGUCGGAAUUGGGCAAUCCGACUAGAGGUAAGUGCCAAUUUAAUUAAAAAAAUCUAGUCGGAAUUGGGGAAUCCGACUAGGGUAUUUUUGAUUUUUUUUUAAAACAAUGGGUUAAAGCGGAUAAAAUUUAUUAAAAACCUAGUCGGAAUUGGGAAAUCCGACUAGGGUAUUUUGAUAUAUUUUUUAAAAAAUGACGUGUUUAAUUGUGGUUCGAACAUUUUACCAACCGACUCGUAUAUUUGGGAGUUUUUUACCAAAAAGCGGGGCUUUUGGUUCUAAAUUAAUUAAUACUCGGUCGGAAUUUGGAAAUCUGACCAGGAGUUUUGUUUUAAUUUUAUUGUUUGCACUACGUGUUUUAUUUGUAUUCCUUUAUUCUACCAACUGGAUUUAUAUGGUCACCGUACCCCAAUAGCUCCUAUAAAAUGAGUUCAUUUCUUUUCAAAAUUUUCACUCCAAAAAAUAAUCCUUCUUUCUCUCUUGAUAUAUUUAUUACAUUUUCUGUUUAGGCAUUCUCCUCUCAUAUAAAAAUGUCUAGUGAGGGAAAUAUUGUUGUUAUGGUUCAUUGGAAUGGCUCUACAUCUCAAAAAGAUGAUGAAAUAGAGUACUCCAUACCUCCUAGGGCGGUACUAUUCAUUAGUGAAACAGAUGAUUAUACUACUAUACAUGAGAAUGUUCUAAAUCAUGUUAGAGGCGACGGAUUUUCCGAAAUUAAAUUAAUUUACGGAAAAUUGCCAAAAUAUAAGAAUUCUGUAUAUGUUGCUUCUAGACUAUGGCCCAUUCACGAUGAGCAGACAUGGCGUCAUUUUUUCCGGAUCGCUGAAAAUGAGUAUGAGGAGUUGCACAUUUACGUGGAAGCUUCAGCGACCCCACCACAAACUUUGACGUUCCACGGAACUCCCAGAGAGGAAGGCACAUCAUCUGUAUAUGGUCGGAGGAACAACAGCCAAACGUUUCAGAACUACGAAUCUCCUGGUAUGUGUUGUUCAAGUUAAAUAGAAUUUACAAUGAUUUGGUUUUAUUUGUUGUCAUUUUAAGAGUGUAGAAGUAGUUAAUUUAGUAAUUUGUAAAUUUUUUAAUUUAGAUUGUUAAAUAGGAAUUUCAGAGUAAAAAUUGGCUAUCUGUCCGUCACAUCUGCACAAAUUCAAUACUUCUACCUAAUUACACAAGAAACACAUUCUAGUUCAAAUAAAUGAAAUAACCGGAAGUGGAAGUGGAAUUUUAAAAAAUUUUAAAAUUUUAUCUCCUGUCGGAACACCCAAAUCCGACCAGAGCACAAAAAGUUUUUAUUAUUCAAAUCAACUUAAAAUUUUUAUAUAUCGCAUAAAAUUUCAAAUCUCCUGUCGGAACACCCAAAUCCGACCAGAGCACAAAAAGAUUUUAUACUUCAAAUAAACUUAAAAAUUUUAUAUAUUCGGAUAAAUUAAAACCAAAAAAUUCAAACCUUAAUUUUAUUUUAUUUUAGAUAGUGUGUUACAAGGAAUUGUGUUCAAUUCUAGAAAUUCAAGAAUUGUGUUAAAUUAAUAAUUUGUCCCAAAUAAUAAUAUUGAAAUUUAUGAAUGUAUCUACUUUGUACCGUCACAAACUUGGGUGAAGAGUCGGACGACCCAGACUAUGAACAAGGUUUUAGUAGUGAUGUCGGUUCAUCCACGAGCGAUGAUAGUGACGACGUAGUAGACACCACUUGGGCUAAUGUGGAGCUAGAAGAACCAUUUGUUCAAGCAGUAGAUUCUGAGCCUGAAAGGAUCGAAGUAGGCGCAGUUUACUGUUCAUAUGAUGCACUGAAAGAAGCGGUGGCGAGAGAAAACAUUCGUCAAUUUCGUCAAUUCAGAACGGUUGACAAAAGGCCACGGUCCUGGAAGGCGGUUUGCAUAGACCCGACCCUUUGCACUUGGCAUAUCCAAGCAGGAGAAGGUAUGACGUCAAAAAAGAGGAAAGUAAAAAAAUAUCAACCCCAUCACAGUUGUAGGGAGGAUCCUGUCAUGGCUCGGGAUGACAGGCUCCUAACGGCCAAAAUUAUAGCCAGUGAAAUCGCUCCAAAAGUGAAAGUCGACCCGGACUACAACAUUAAACUGAUAAUGUCAGACAUAUAUGAAAAAUUUAAUAUCCGUGUUUCAUAUAAAAAAGCUUGGAAUGGACGCUUGAUCGCUCUGGAGCGUAAAUUCGGCAAUUGGGAGGCAUCAUAUAAUGAACUUCCUAUGUUGUUGGAAGCUAUACAGUUUUCAAAUCCGGGGAUUGUUGUUCAUUUGCAAUCACAACAGGCCGGCACUCCUGAUACGUCUGAAUUCCGCCGAGUGUUCUGGUCAUUCAAGGCUUCUAUAGACGGUUUUAGAUUUUGCUUACCCGUAGUCUCGGUUGAUGGCACUCACUUAUAUGGCAAAUACAAGGUAGUUCUUCUAGUUGCGGUAGCCAUGAAUGCUAACCGUGAGAUAUUUCUUCUUGCAUAUGCUGUUGUUGAGAGUGAGAAUGCUGACAGCUGGUCGUGGUUCUUUGCAAGGGUUAUGCGUGAUGUGGUUGGAAAUUACCGUAGUGUGUGCAUUAUCUCUGAUCAUCAUGCAGGAAUUGAAAGUGCAUUUAGAGCCUUGCGAGAGUUGAGAUCGCCACAAGUUUCAAAGCGUUAUUGCCUCCGUCACAUACGGAGUAAUUUCAUGACCAAGAAAUUUUUUGAGAAUCUUCUUCAUUAAGUCUAGUUUAGUCAUACCAAAUUUCAGAUAAAAAAUUCAAUCGAGAAGGCAGUCAAAUGAAUUUUUGAAGAUAACUGCGCAGUUAGGCAGCACAGUAUAUUUCAGAAAAUCAUUUGACUGCCUUAUCGAUUGAAUUUUUAGCUGAAAUUUAUUAUGCGUAAAUUAGACUGAAUGAAGAAGAUGCUCAAAAAAUUUCAUCAAAAUCUUCCACCGAAAACCGACCAAAUGGCGGCAGACGGACAAAGCCUCCUGUAAAAGAACUUAUUUGCAAUUUUUAUGAAAGUUCAAGGGCUUAUUUGAUAGUUCUCCCUAAAAUAAUUGAAAAGACAAAAGUUAUUGUUUAAAUUUGAGUAUAAUAAAAUGAAAUGUUAUAGACCACAUAUUUGGAGGAUCCAUCUCAUAAGCUACUUUGUUUCGGAGAAACAUCACAUUUUCCACUGCAAGCUUUGGGAGCUCCAAUGAUUCCUUUUGAGUUGCUUGACUGCCAUUCAAAGGUUAUAAUUCUUUUUCUGGGUUAAUGCAUCUAUUCUAGCUUUUAUAAACAAUUUAUGGUUUAUUGUUUAACAAAUACUCUGUAUAAAGUAAAAUACAAUUUCCUUUUUGUUGUUGUGGUGAAGAAUUUCCUAAUCCUAAUUGAAUAUGAAAUAAUCAAAAAACAGAGUAAUCCAUACUUGAAAUUAAAUCCGCAAAAAUUACUCUUUGUCACUCCAAUUGUAUAUAGAAUAGAAAUUGCCCAAUAUAGGAGUAAACAUAAACAUAAUUGCAUAAAUAGGAGUAUAACUUAAAAAUUCCUUCAAUAGGAGUAAACAUUAAUUUUGUACCCUUAAUAUCCCUAACCUAGUUAAUUCUAAAAUAGGACUUAUUUAAUCCUAACCUAGUUAAUUUAUGACUUAUUCGAUAAUAAUAAUUUAUUUAUUUAUUUAUUUAUUUAUUUUUCAAAAAAAAAAAAAAAAAAACUCAAAAAAUUAAAAUAAAAUUCACCGCCGCCUUUGCCGCCUCUGCACCACCACCUCCAGUCACCAGGGGAAAAAAUGUCAAGUUCAUUACGAAUGCUAUAUUUAUGGCAGAAAAUAAUGAAAAUGUUGGCAUUCACAAAGAGAAAUAUGCCAUGUUUUUGGCAUUUUCAGAAAAAAAUGGCAGUUUUUAGGAAAAAUGGAAUUUUUUUCACCACCCGGAGGUGGUGGUGCAGGAAGGUAGUACAGGCGGUGUGAAAGACAUCCAUAUUUUUUUUAAUUUUUUAUGGAGUUUUACUAUUUUUUAUUAAUUUAAAAAAAACUAAUUUUUUUUUAAUUUUUUAUUUUAUUAAUAUUUUAUAAAAUUUUUAAUUAUUUUUCUACGAAUUUUUGAUUUUUUUCGAAUUUAUUAUGAAUUAAAUAUUUAAUUAAAAGUUGUUGGGGCUUAGACUUGGGUAGGGGUAUACUUGUCCAAACACUAAAGUUACUCCUAUUCAAAACAUGGUACUCCUAUUUUUGCAUUUUGCCUAUGUUUUACUCCUAUUUGGGGAAUUCUCUCUAUAUAGAAAAACAAAACUCCAUAUGUACUUAUAUUUAAUCACAAAUCCUUUUUAAAAUGCAUAAGAUUUAAAAUAUGAUCUAAGGUACGUAAAGACAAGCAAAACAAUAAGCACAAAGAAAAUGUAAUGAUUUCCGCUGUUAUUUAUUUGUUUGCUUACCCAUGCAAGCCCCAGGCAUCUAAGUUCUUUGUCAGGAAUCACUAUAACUUGGUCAAGGAAUUACGACUGGCAUGGAUGGGUUAGAUUGUUCUUUACAUAGCUUACUCAGUGCUAAUAUGGUUCCAACUACAUUUUUUGAUAAUGAUGAUGCUUCCAUUUUGCAAUUAUAGAGAGACGUGGAGGAAACUAGAACAUUCUUUCCCACCAGUAAUCCGAUGCUCAUCCAUUUCGAUGAAAUAUACCCAUUGAUCAGAGGUGGAGUUGUGACUAUAGAGAAGGAGGAGCAUUCAACUGAUUCAUAUCGAGGAAUGAAGCAUUUUCGUUCACGUGAAAGUGAGAUCGAAGAAGAAAAAGGAGAGGGAAGGAGUAGGAAACAGAGUGCAGCUUAUAAGGAUGAGGAUGAUUUAUCAGAGAUGUUUGAUAAGGUUUUGUUGUGUGCUGAUAAUUCUCCAUCCGGAGGAAAACAACAACAGAAAGGGCGAAGUGGUCGCAAAGGCCGUGCAGAUAAACGCGGAUAUGAAUUUGAAUUUGUGAAUGUAGAGUCUCUUUUGCUCAGCUGCGCAAAAUCAAUUGCUGCUGCAGAUUACAAGGUGGCAGUAGAACAACUAAAGACGAUCAGGCAGUACUCUUCCCCUAUCGGUGAUCCAAACCAAAGGUUGGCACAUGCAUUUGUUGACAGUCUUGAGGCCCGUCUAGUUGGAACUGAGGCUGAACAGUAUCCUUCAUCAUCAUUUCACAAUAAGAUGGUUGUUCCCGAAAUGCAGAAAUCCCACAUUUCAUCAUAUGUGCCAUUUAUGAGGAUGUCAAUCUUCUUCGCUAAUAGAAUGAUUUACGAAGCAGCGUCAAGCGGAGCAUCACUACAUGUUAUAGAUUUUGGUAUUCUUCAUGGUAUUCAGUGGCCUACUCUUAUUCGAGAUCUUUCGCAAAGACCUGGUGGCCCUCCAAAGCUUCGAAUAACUGGGAUUGAGCUUCCCCAACCCGGUUUUCGUCCAUCACAAAUGGUAUUGGAGACUGGUUGUCGUUUGGCUAAAUACUGUCAUCGCUUUGGAGUACCAUUUGAAUACAAUUCCGUAACAUCAAAGAAUUGGGAGGCUAUUAAGAUAGAUGAUUUGAAGCUUGCGAGGGGUGAGGUGGUUGUUGUUAACUGUACUCUUCGACUCAAACGCUUACUAGACGAGACAGUGUGUGGUGCGGACUGCCCAAGGGAUGGUGUUUUAAACUUAAUCCGGGAAGUCAACCCCCACAUCUUUGUAAAUUCUGUUGUCAGUGCAACUUAUGGUUCUCCUUUCUUUGUUAAUAGGGUCCGGUCGGCUCUCUCCUUCUUCUCUGCUGGCUUUGAUAUACUUGAGACUCUUUUCCCACGCCGCAAUAGUGAAAGGUUAAAUUUUGAACUAGCAGUUCUGGGGCCUGUCAUAGCAAAUAUUGUAGCAUGCGAGGGCAUGGAAAGGUUAGAGAGACCUGAAACAUACAUCCAGUGGCAAAGUCGCAUUACGAGGGCCGGGUUCAAGCCUGUGGUCCUAAAUCCUCAAACUGUCAAAAAUAUAAGAGACAUGGCGAGGGAAGGAUGUCACAAAGACUUUCUGUUUGCUGAAGAUGGUCAUUGGUUUCUGCAGGGGUGGAAAGGUCAGAUUUUGUUCGGCAGCUCCGCGUGGGCCACUCACAACCAAAAUAUCCUUUAGAAGAUCUAAUAAAAGAUGUCAAUUGUCAAAUACAUGGCAUAAGAUUGUCAAGAUGACUUAUGCAAUUACCAUAUUUGCACAAUGUUAUAGCUGCUCUGUCAAGGUCUUGGGAUAUUCCAAGUAAACACUAAUAGAUCCUACUAAUAAGAAAAUUAAAGUCGUCUUUAAGAAAAGAUAUGAAUUAUUUAUGCUGCCUCUUUC